GAAUUGGAGGAAAGAUGAGGCCCACAUUUAUGCGGGUGGUUAUAAAGUAUGGGGUGGAGCCGGGAAUUCUGAUAAGAACCCUGAGGGAGGUGUGCUCAGCGGGGAGAAUGAUUCAGUGCCAAGGUUCCAAAGAAAGCACAGGUCAGUGGGUACGUCCGCUUGCUCUGCCCUCUUUCCUGAGGGAACGCUCCGUUGUGCUGGUGAGUGUUGGUGGGUCCCUACGGGGGAAGGGGGCAAGGGCGCCCCAGUUUGCCAGCCUUCUCUCCUGACCACUCCUCCAGAGCACACACUGUCUUCAUCCCUGCACAUUGCCCCAUAGAGCCCGAUAUUGGACUGGCCACGUGGCAGGCUUUUACACAAUCAUAAUUGAUUCAUGGCAAACAAGCAGGUAGAUUUCAGCAGAGUCAAGAGACUACUUAUGGAUUUUACAGUGCCUUGGAAGUUUAACCUAAAAAUUAACCACACAGUUACAAAAAACAUUAAAGCCCUUUAAGACUUUACAAUCAAGAAUUCUUUCUAACACCGUAAUCUUACAUAAAGAAAACUGUGUCAAUUCAUUAACUUCUGCAGUAAUUUAUUAGCUGCUCAUUAUGCUUUCCUGUUUUGACUAAUGGAAAUGUUUAGAGCUGCAUCUUUAUGGAAGCUAAGUAGGCCAGGCGUUUUGACUGUCUUAGAAUAAUUAGAGAAUUUUGCAUCGUUAGCCCAUGGGAUACCUACCUCUCCCAGGACAGCUUCAGAAAAUGGUUUUUCGAUUUUCUCAGCUUUCCCUCAUUAGUGUCUCUUCCUGAACAAAGCCCAACUCUCCAGAAUAUCACUAUAAAAUAUUUUACAAACAUUUGUGGGACUGAUCCAGCUGCUUUUAACUAUAUUAAUUUUCUAAUUAGGAUGGUAAAAAGACCUAUUUUGUUCCUAUGUGAGAUAACUUAGGGGAAUUUAUAUUAGGGCUUACAAACAUUCUCCUAACUUACAUGAAGGUCUAACAGGAAAGGCAAAUUUGUGGUAAACAUGCCCCCCUUUGCCCUUCUGUGCCUGUGAUACAUAUCUGUAAUCUAUAAUGCCACUCUUUUCCUAUGAUUUCAGAAUCUUUCUCGACACAGCACUGUAAACAGCAAGAGGUUGGGAUUGGCAUGAAAGAUGAUCUAACCAGGUAAUUGCUCCCACAAGCCUGUAAACCCCUCAGGUGCAGGCACAAGGUCCAAUUCAGGACGUGACAUACAGUAGGUUCUUAAUAAAUGGUUUUUGGAAUGAACCGUGGGCAGAGAGAUGGAUAAAUUAAAUGGAUGCGUGAAUGACAUUUCUUUCUUUCUCUCUUUCUUUCUCCCUUCCUUCCUUCCUGUCUUCCUUCCUUCCUUCCAACUGGUACAGGAAUGCCUGUAGGAUGCUUCCUUCUCUGUGUUCUAGGGAAUGUACUGUGCAUCACCAAGGGUCUUGUGAACACCAGCCCAUAGAAUGAUAGAGCUGGAAGAAACUUUAGAAAAUACCGAGUGACAACUUUUAAUUUUUACAAAGAUGAACCUAAGGAAACAUACAAAGGCAUCAGGAACAGAUGAAAACAAAGAAUUCCACAUUGCUGGGAAGGUGGCCUUCAGAGACAAGCCCUUCAGACUGGGACAGAAGUCUUGCAUCUGCGUCCUACAAGAAAAUGGAGUUUAAAACCCCAACAUGUUAAUAGAAGCAAGGCACCUGUUGAAGGGGAAAAAAAAGUGUCAAAGUAGUUGAAGGCAGCUGAAAAGGGGUGAAGCCAUUAUGAGUUACCAGAAUGCGCUUGAGUUGAACAAGGGGCCACAGCCUGGGUCAAAGAGCCCUGGGAGGGCAGGAGGUGCCACCACAGAUGAAGGCCCCUGCCCAGCCCUGCUUGAAAACCAGCUCAGUGUGGGCGACUUUUGCAAAAUACAGAGUGCCUUUGAGCCCUCAGAGCCAUGUCAAACCAUUUGCAUGUCCAGAGAAGAGUUUAUGCAAAGGAUGACAGAGAUUGUUGGUUGGGGCACAAAGGAAGAAUAUGGGGAGCUCUUUGACAAAGUGGAUGUAGCCCAAGAUGGCUUCAUUAACUGGGACAAGCUGACUUCAUUUAUGCUGUUAGCACUUUAUGAGAAAGACGAACGAGCAAAGGCAACUGUGGUUCCCCAGUGGAAAGACCUUGAAUUCCUCCCAGUGAAGCACAAGGACACCAUUCAAAAAGUAAUAUUCUUAAAAAGUUCAAGUCGUUAUCUGACCAUCAGUAAGGAAGGCCUAUUAGGAAUCUGGGGAGAGAAUUUAAAGCUGCAAGAAACACUUCCCAUCACUUCAGAUACCACCAAGCUUAAACACCUGUGGGUGACAAGUCUGGUUUCUCUGGAAAAUGUAAACAAGAUAGCAGUGGCUUUUACGAGUAAAGAGAUUUGUUUCUAUGAUCUGCUGUCCAAAGGAGAAUUUCCUUGUCAAUAUAAACUCCAAGGCCUGAAAGGAACUCCAAUUUGUAUGGAAUAUUGGUAUGACCCCCUUGAUGCCAACGAAUCAAUUCUUUCUUUUGGGGACAUAACUGGAAAGGUUCAAGCAAUUGCUUUCACGGUGGCCUUGAUUUCCCUGUUUGAGUGUCCUGCUAAUGCACAUGAAGAUGGAGAAGCCACAGUGACCAUCAGCUGGGCAGAACUGCUCUCUGGAUAUCACAAAUGUUGCUACACAUUAGAGCAUAAUCUUCAUCAUGGAGACUGGGUCAGGCAAGUUACUUACAAUGCAUCUUUAGAUGCUAUCAUUUCCAGUACAACCAGCAAUACAAACACUGUGGUGCUGGCUUGGAGAGAGAAAUCAACAAAGCAUCUUAAAAUGACAUCCUUCGAUGUUGCUGAGGGCAUUCAUGCUUUUGAUUACCACUCUCAGCUCAAUUUAAUUGCAACUGCUGGCAUCAACAAUAAAGUUUGCCUUUGGAACCCCUAUGUUGUCUCCAAGCCAGUUGGUGUCCUUCGGGGUCACUCAGCCAGUGUAAUAGCUGUUCAGUUCUUUACUGCAAGAAAACAGCUUUUCAGCUUCUCCAAAGAUAAAGUUUUGAGACUCUGGGAUAUUCAGCACCAGCUGUCCAUCCAGAGGAUAGCUUGUUCUUUUCCCAAAAGUCAGGACCUCAGAUGUCUCUUCCACUUUGAUGAAGCCCAUGGACGACUUUUCAUCUCAUUUAAUAACCAGCUCGCAUUGUUGGCAAUGAAAAGCGAGGCCAGCACAAGGGUGAAGAGCCACAAGACAGCAGUCACUUGUGUUCUUUACAAUUCGGUCUUGAAGCAGGUAAUCAGCUCGGACGUGGGGUCUACUGUUUCCUUCUGGAUGAUAGACACUGGGCAAAAAAUCAAACAGUUUACUGGUUGCCAUGGCAACGCAGAAAUCAGCACUAUGGCCCUUGAUGCAAAUGAGACACGGCUUUUGACUGGCAGCACAGAUGGGACCAUAAAGGUAUGGGACUUCAGUGGAUACUGUCACCACAUAUUAAAUGUUGGGAGAGAAGGAGCUGUGGAUAUUUCACAGAUCCUGGUUCUUAAGAAGACGAUACUGGUUACAGGCUGGGAGAGGUAUGGUGCUUCGUGCAAAACUGUAGGAAGGGCUAUUACGGUGUUUCGACUACAGAACUUCAAUCACUUCUUCGUCCAGCCUGAAAAAUGGAAAGGAGGAAUACAGCACUGUGAUGAUAUCUUGUGCGCUGCAUUUUCACCUCCACAAACUCUUGUUACAGGGAGUUACGAUGGAGAAAUCGUUCUGUGGAAUAACAGCACAGAAAAGGCUCACUACGUCCUCCACCCUGAUUAUCAGAGGCUGCUAAAAUCAAAAUCAGAUACAGAGCCUCAAAAGCUUCCGAGUGCUGGGAGGAGCCGCUCCCCCCACCCCGGCCCAAACCAGGCUGCCCUGGGAGCCCACUCCUUGGAGACCCACACGGAGGGCAAUGAUGCUGUUGUGGGGCUCUGCUUCCUUGAGGCAAGAAAAACCACCGCAGAGACAGGAGGAGCUAACCUGGUGUCAUGUGGAGGAUCUGGGUAUGUCAGAUUUUGGGAUACAUUUAAGAAGCAACUUCUGGCUGAGUUUUUGGCUCAUGGUGGAGUUGGAUCCAUUAUUAUGUCUACUGAUAAGUCAAACCAAUACCUCACCACAGGAGAUCUGGAUGGACAACUGAAAAUCUGGGAUAUAAAAGAGUACUGUCUUAAUUCCAGUAAGAGCAAAAUCACACAGGCCCCAGCUCUGAUACGAUCAUUCCGACCUCAUGAAGACCAGAUAAGUUCCUUAGAGAUGUGUAAGCCAGGUGGCCGCUUACUGAUUAUCUCCUCAUCGGCAGACUGCAGCAUUUGUGUGACUGAUGUCUGUGGUGCUCCUGUCUGGAUCUUUGGUCAGGCAAAGCAUUGGCAAAAUGAAAACUGUUCUUCCCUUCCUAAAAGAGAUACUAACUUAAUGAAAAGUGAGAUUCAAGAAGAAAGCAUAAGGGAAAUUCCUUUACUUUCUAAGAAGGAAUCAUGGUUAGACCUACCAGAACAUUCUCUACUUGAUAAGAAAAACAAAGAUGAUACCACAUUCAAUGUCAGACCAUCAGAAGUCAUAAAUUUAGGUAUAAAAUAUAAGGAAAGAAAUAUCUUCAGGAAAAAAACACAUAACCUUUACAAUGGUGAAGUUAUGCAAAAAUCACCCACCUCCCCUAAAACCUACUGUUACGAAGGUGCAUUUAGGUCAUUAAGCAUCGGAGCCCUGAAAGAGCUGCCUGAAGUGAAGAAGCCAGCUUUUCUUCUGGACCUGGAGACGUACUUUAGGGAAAAGCCAGAGGAGGAGUGUUCCCGAAUUCCAGAGCUUCCAUUGCUCUCUGAAACUUUGAAAGCUGUAUUUGAUGAGAAAAACCUGUUCCCCAAAGAAAUUCUGGAUCGGGAACGAAGAGCCAAGCAAUUAUGUCAAGAAACAAGUAGUGAAGUGAAGAUAAAAAGAAAUAAGAAGCAGUUAUAAUUGAAAGAGAAAUAAAUAUUUCAUUGUCACAUGAAGUAUGAAUAUAGAAGGCGGAUAAGAAAUCCAGAAUUCUGCGCCUUUCUUUUACUUUACUUUUAAACUUCAGGAGGUUUUGUUUUCAGACAAUGUCUUAAUGUUGCUUUUAUCCAUCACCUUUCACUUUCUGUGUAUUCUUAAUAAAAGAUAGAUUGGACUAAACGGGGCAAUAACAACUGGCAUCGUUUAUUCCCAAGUGGUCUUAUGUAAAAAUGUACAUUUU